AUGCGGAGGGCAGUCAGUCGAAGCCUUCUGCAAGGACAAGACCUCUGCCUCUUCUGCGCCUUCAAACAUGGCGUCGAGUCUCGGGCCGCCAGCGGGAUUCGUCCGCAGCGUCGACUCUACAGAUCAACCGGACCGUCACAGCGGCCUGCUGGAGCUGCCGCUGCGCGUAUAGAGGAAGAGGAGGACGACUUUCCUCACCCUGCUGCUGCAGCUCCUCCAAACAAAGUGGUGCUUGGCUGGAAGUGUCGUUGCAAUCAUGUCAACGCUUCCCAUAGAUCAGAGUGCACAAUCUGCACAAACCCGCGCCCACAGAAUGCUGAGCUUGUCUACCAGGAGAACAAGUCUCGGUCUGCGUCACUGAGUUCUCCUCCGCCACCACCAACAGCCUCCUCACCUUCGCCUCCGCUGUCCCACUCCACAAAGCAAAACGCCUCUUUACACGGCGCACAAGGCCAGCCCGUAACCCCUCCAAGAGCAACCGGUCGGCCCCAAUUCGAGUCCGGCACGAUUCUGGGUCAAGCCAGUGUGUCCUUUACGCCCUACCAGGCCGGUUCAGCGCAAGAGCAGCGGCCAUUCCCACGAAAGGCUCGCACAGAUUCGAACAAUGAUUGGAGGAAGGACAGAAAUGCGCGGAAUCCACCGACUUCCAGAAAUCAGCGUGAGGCCUCAACACCUUCCGACGGUCCCACCAUCAAGUACAGCAACCCACGCGCUCCUCGACUGCCGCAAGGUUCAUCAGCAGCGGGCGCUGGUGGUGACAUGGGAGCUUCCGUCAUGGCCGGCCAGCAAAGACCAUGGUUCGGGAAUGAACGUCGAAACGGAAGGUACUCUUCAGGAAAUGAGGGCGAAUUCGGGCCAAAUUCACGGAGGGCGGGGGACUCCAAGUCCACAUCCGCUCCAUGGUCUGUACGCGAUUCCCUUUUUGGUGCUCCCUCAAACGACACACGGAUUGGGCAGACGCUUGGGUCAACACGUCGCGAGCCACCUUUUGGACGGGAUUCAACAUAUCAGCGGUCUGAGUAUCGAGAGCCCCGGCCGGAUUUUCAACAGCGAAACGCCAUGGAGCGAGGCGCUAGGAGAGGGCCACCACAUGCUCCAUCCAGGGGCGUGCGCAGACCUGGUUCAGAGGGAACAGACCGUGCUCCAGCUUCGACUAUAGCCGAGGAUGAAGCGGUAGAGCCGGCUGCAUCUGAGACUCUAACCGGAACAGAAGAAGACUGGUACACCCGCCGGACGGUGACAGAUAGGGACCGUGACAGGAGAGGCCGAGUCUAUGAUGUCGAAGCCGAGGUGGACGAGCCCUUCCAUGCUUCACCUAUGGCUCGCUCUCCGGCUCGGAAGACGAGGACAAAUCGGAGACAAAGCACACCGAAUUUUGACCCAGAUCUUGUGGACGAACUGCUCGACGAGACUGGUUCAAGGCGAAGGAAGAGGGGCAAACAGGCGAAAGCCGUACCCAAGGUGGAGGUGCGACCAGAGAUUCGACUGCCGGAAUUCAUCAGCGUGGAAAAGCUAGCUCAAGGCCUCAAGGUUCGACUACAGGACUUCCUCAACAAGCUUGAGGAAGAAGGCUUUGAGGGUGCCCGUUACGAUCAUAUUCUAGAUUCUGGGACCUCUGCCAUGUUCGCUGAGAUCUACGGCUUCGAGCCUAUCAUUAGCACGGUUGACGACUCUCGUGAUUUGGUUGCACGUCCUCCACCGGAAGACGUGGCCCUGCUCCCACCUCGGCCACCAAUCGUCACGAUAAUGGGCCACGUCGAUCACGGAAAGACUACGAUUCUGGAUUACUUCAGAAAAUCGAGCGUGGUAGCAACCGAACAUGGAGGUAUCACCCAGCACAUUGGAGCAUUCUCUGUAACAAUGCCAGGAUCUGAGCGAAAUAUCACCUUCCUGGACACACCUGGUCACGCUGCAUUCCUGGACAUGCGGCGACGAGGCGCCAAUGUCACGGAUAUUGUCGUGUUGGUCGUCGCUGCAGAUGACAGUGUGAAGGCUCAAACGCUUGAAGCCAUCAAGCACGCGCUUGAGGCCAACGUUCAGAUUAUUGUGGCGAUCAACAAGGUCGACAAAGAAGAUGCAAAUGUUGAGCGUGUGAAGCAGGAUCUGUCGCGUCAUGACAUUAUUGUUGAAGAAUAUGGUGGCGAGUACCAAGCCAUUCCUGUCAGUGGGAAGACAGGCCAGGGAAUGGCUGAUCUGGAAGAAGCUAUACUAACCCUGGCUGACGUGGCCGACUUUCGAGCCGAGACUGACGGCCAAGCAGAAGGAUGGAUCAUUGAAAGCAAAGUUGGCGCGUCUGGUCGUGUUGCAACAGUGCUGGUGCGUCGUGGUACCCUGAGGCCCGGCGACUUCAUCGUGGCCGGCACCACUUGGGCACGAGUUCGUACACUUCGGAAUGACGCUGGUCAAUUGAUCAAUGAGGCGCCUCCUGGCACACCCGUUCAAAUCGAUGGGUGGCGAGCAGGAGAUCCAAUGGCGGGUGAUGAGGUUCUCCAAGCUGAGACUGAACAACGGGCUAAAGAAGCAGUGGCCGUUCGGCAGGAGAGAGAAGAAAAUGCUCGGGCCGUUGAGGAUAUGACUGCAAUUAACUCUGUCCGCUCAGAGGAAGCCGAGGCUCGUUCCAAAGUGCUUGAAUGGGAGAAGGAGCAGGGAUACAUGUCGAUGAGAGCCAACCGACGCCCCAAGGACAAUGAGGGCUGGGUCGAGAAAGAACAAUCUGGUCCUCGUCAGGUCCCUUUUGUCAUCAAAGCCGACGUUGCCGGGAGUACUGAGGCGCUUGUUGCCGCGGUCAGUGCCAUUGGCAACAACGAGAUCGUUGCACAUAUCAUCCACAGCGGUACCGGAGCGCUGACCGAGUCUGAUAUCAAACUACUCGCCGCAACUGGUGAGGUUGGCUACGCCAUUUCUUUCAACCAGCCAGUGGAUGGCUCUAUACGGCGCCUUGCGGAGGCGGCCCGGCUCCAGAUCCUUGAUCACAACAUUAUCUACAAGGUUACCGAUGAUGUGAAAGACAAAAUGGCCGCCGAACUGCCACCAGUAGUCACCCAGCGGGUCUUGGGCGAGGCAGAGGUGGGAGAGAUCUUUGAAAUCAACGUCAAGAAGGGACUGCUGAAGAUUGCGGGAUGUCGGGUGACCAAUGGCACCAUCCGGCGGUCGGAGAAGGUUCGAGUGCUGAGGAACGGUGAAGUGGUGUACACCGGCAUGCUGAACUCUUUCAAGAACAUCAAGAAAGAUGUCACGGAGAUGCGCAAAGGUUCCGAAUGUGGCAUGGGAUUCGAGAACUGGGAAGACUUCCAAGUGGGUGAUCAGAUCCAGUCCUUCGAAGAGAUCAAAGAGAAGAGGACGCUGUAUUAG